CUGAACCAUGUCGGAAGAGCUACAGGAGGCGCUGGACGGCUUCUUCCUGGCGGCUGAAUAUGGCCGCUCCGACGUUAUUAAGGCGCUGGCCGAUCACGGACGCGGUCAUCUGUCAUUAGCGAAUGUAGUGGACCCCGUGACUGGUCGCUCGCCGCUUCACGUGGCUGUGGCGAGUGGCAAGAAGGAUGCACUUCGAGUUCUUCUGGCCGCUGGCUUUCCCCCGGCGCAUCAGAGCAAGAAACAGGAAGGCCAAGACGACAGGAAUCGGUCCGCAUAUGCUCUGGCUCAAGAGCUGAAAGCGCAGGACCUGGUGCUGGUGUUUCAUCAGUUUUUGAUCCAACAGGUCGCAGCGAAUGACGUUGAGAGCGUCCGCCAGUUGCUCAAGGCUGGCGUGGACGUCAGUAUCACAGAUGCAGCCACAGGAGGAACACUGUUGCAUUGGGCGGCGUCCUGCCAAGCGGUGGAUGUGAUGAAAUACUUGCUAGAGAGAGAAGAUGUACAAAGCCAAACGCUAAUCAAUGCACGCAACGGAGAAGGCGCCACGCCACUACACUUGGCAUGUCACGCUGACCAAGUGGAAUGUACCCAAAUGUUGCUAUUGCACCAGGCAGACGUGAGUUUGAGAGGCGACAAGGGGAUAAGUAAGGACAAAACGGCGCUGGAACUUGCAACCAAGCAGGAGGUGAAGGAACUCUUCUCCCAUGGCUUAAGUCAGAGGUGUCCUCAUGAAGUCCAGAAUGGGAAGUUACGAUUGCAGCUGGAAGAGAAGGAUCUGCUCGUGAACCAAUUAAAGAAAACCAUCGAAGCUCUCGUGCAGGAAUCGCAGGAAAUUCAGAUGCUCGGAGAAGAGCGCAUCAUGUUAGACUACGUCCGUAAGCUACGAGACGAGAAGGCAGUUGUCCAGAGACAAUUGGAGGACGCUACCGUCUACAUUAAAGACCAACAGCAGCAAUUGGACAGCCUGAAAGAGCAGAUGCGACAGAUGGCUACAGUAGACAAGCAGCAGAUUGAGACUGACCACGACAUUCUCUCUCAUACCAGUGAUGGCACGGCUAGUAGCGUCGCGGGAGGCCCUCCGGAUAGCACGCACAGUAACAUGAGCGUGAUGGAUCUGCAUCAGCUCGAGAAACCUGUUGAUGAAGAGGACGAGGGGCCUCAGAAGCCUCCAGCGCAGCCACUGAAGCUCGACGCGUGGACGUCUAAGGCACAACGUGAGCAAGAAACGUUCCAUCGAUACGUUGAAAAACAUGGCCCUGAUAUCUGGAGCACUGUGUGGAACGGUAUCUGGACAGGUGGCGACGACAAAGAAGUGCAAGAUGAAGACGGCGAAGUCAUCAUGACGGUGUAGAAUUAAAGGUCAGUUGGGUGAAUGAAUUGAGUGCCUAAA